AUGGUUAACGUCGCAAUAAAUGGUUUUGGUCGUAUAGGCCGUCUGGUGCUGCGUGCCGCAGACAAGAACCCUAAUAUCAACGUUGUAGCCGUGAACGACCCGUUCAUCGCCAUUAAGUACAUGGAAUACAUGCUUAAAUAUGACACAGUUCACGGCCGCUUCGAUGGUAAGAUCUCGCACGACGAGAAGCAUAUUUUUGUGAACGGUAAACCCAUCCGUGUGUUCAACGAGAUGAACCCGGCCAACAUUAAGUGGGGUGAGGAACAGGUGCAGUACGUCGUCGAGUCUACUGGUGCCUUUACGUCCAUCGACGCUGCAUCGGUGCACUUGAAGAAUGGUGUAGAAAAGGUUGUGAUCUCGGCUCCGUCGGGCGAUGCGCCGAUGUUCGUGAUGGGCGUCAACCAUGAGCUGUACGAGAAGAAUAUGCACGUGGUGUCGAAUGCUUCGUGCACGACAAACUGUCUGGCGCCUUUGGCCAAGGUGGUGAAUGACAAGUUCGGCAUCAAGGAGGGUCUGAUGACGACGGUGCACGCCGUGACUGCGACGCAGAAGACGGUGGACGGUCCGUCGAGCAAGGACUGGCGUGGUGGCCGUGGUGCUUGCUUCAACAUCAUCCCGAGCUCUACUGGUGCUGCCAAGGCUGUGGGCAAGGUGAUUCCUAGCCUGAACGGCAAGCUGACUGGCAUGUCGUUCCGUGUGCCUACGGUUGAUGUGUCUGUGGUGGAUCUGACUGCUCGUCUGGUAAACCCUGCGUCGUACGACGAGAUCAAGGCUGCAAUCAAGUCGGCCUCUGAGAACGAAAUGAAGGGCAUUCUCGGAUACACCGAGGAAGCUGUUGUUUCGAGCGACUUUAUUGGCGACUCGCGCUCAUCGAUCUUUGAUGCGGAGGCUGGUAUUGCCCUAACGGACGACUUUGUGAAGCUUGUGUCGUGGUACGACAACGAGUGGGGCUACAGCUCGCGUGUGUUGGAUCUGAUCGAGCACAUGGUCAAGAGCAAGUAA